AGCAAGUAACAAAUAUCGGUUAACCGUAGAUAUCUCCAAGACAAAAUCUAAAAGAAAAACUGAAAACCUCGAGUUACACGUUUGUCAUGUAGAAAAAGAUGUUUCUAUAAAGGAUAUUGCCAUGUGAAGAAAACAACAUAUCUGCAAUGAAUAUUAUACUGACCAUCUUUAUUUGUUUCUUGGGAUGCGUAUGUAGUUUCCCAGCUUCCUCCUUCAGMCCGAUAAGAACUCCGUCAAGAAAACUGACAGCAAAUGAAAACCACGCGGAAGCAAGCUCUAGUUCAGUGCGUAAACAUCUAUCUUCGAAACAUGUUAACGAUAACAACCACCAAUACCACAGUAAAACACACAAACGACAUCUGAGAAAAAAGAAACAAUAUAUAUUAGCUGGUCUUGGAGCAGGCCUUGGAGCAGGUCUUGGAGCAGGUCUUGGAGCAGGCUUAGGAACAGGUCUUACUGGAUAUACCGGUUAUGAUUAUGGAUCAUUGGCAGCAAGUAAUAACCCUUUAGGGUAUGCUACACCAAACGAUGCCACCGCGUACGGAUAUGCUACUGGAACACCUGGAAYAAACGCCCUGGGGGGCAGCCUAUUAACAAGUGCGACGGGUGGUACUCAGCAAAGACAACAUUUAUUAGCCGGUUCUUUUACUGGAACAGACGGGCUCAGUAGCUAUAGCGACGCCGGGCUAGGUGGCUAUAGCAACAAUGCAGGGCUGAGUAGCUAUGGCAACGGAGCAUCUAGCUAUAGUCUAAACAAUGGAGGGAUAGAUCCCAAUGCGUUAUCGAAUACCAUGGGCGGAGGUUAUGAAUCAAAAUUAACAAAUGCUCUAACUAACAGCCUCAGUAACAGCCUCAGUAACAGCCUAAGUAACAGCCUUAGUAACAGCCUCAGUAACAGCCUCAGUAACAGCCUCAGUAACAGCCUCAGUAACAGCCUCAGUAACAGCUUAAGUAAUGGUUUGAGCAACAGUCCAGUGAAUGGAUUAAGCGCGUUUAGCUCCUAUGGUGCUGGAAGUAAUGCCAACUCAUAUCCAAACCUUAAAGGACUGAAUUCACUUGUCUCUUCCAAUUACAAUUCAGAUGGAAAGGAUCUUAGUAGUUUAGGUGGAAAGUACACAGCAGAAUCUUUAAGUGCAGGACUUGACACUCCAAAUGGAAUAUCAAAUAUUGCAAACCUUUUGAACAGUGCGUCAACGUCAUUCGAUACAGACGCACAAAAUCAAAUACUUACCAGCAAUAAUAAUAAUAAUAAUAUAGACCUCAACCAUUUUGGUCAGCGCUUUGGCAAUCACUUGUCUCAGCAGGGAACUCAUCACACAGGAGGGCAGUCACCAUAUACAAGUCAAUCCACCCUGGCUGAAGCUCAGGCCUUUGGGAAUCAACUUAGUCACUUAUCUGGUGGAAAAAUCAAUCUUGGGAGUCAUAGUCAUACUAAUUACGGGGGCUUUGGUGACAACAUAGACUCCAACAAUCUUAAUGAGAUCGGUCAAAUAGCCAGCACAGGUAUAUCUGAUUCUUCAUUACAAAGACUGCUUGGUCAACUGAUGGCAGGUCAAAUGGGACAAGGAGAUCACGGUGUAUCCAGCCAAAGUCUAGGAAGCCUGCCUACUGAUGCAAGUGUAUUUGAACAAGGAAACUCAGAGUCGCCAGAGACAUCAUUAGAAGAUCAACAAGGGUAUGCAAACCAUCAGCUUUCACCGCUGCUGCAUGGACAAACUGUUCACGCUCAUGCAAGUGACAAACCAAAGGCUGAUUAUGAAGGAAAUCAGGUUUCCUCUGUUGCCAUUCAAAAAGCUAUGGACGUCCAGUUGAAAGCAAACAGAGAUCACCAAAAGAAGCUCAAAAACCUCAAAGACAAAUUGAAAAUGCUGAGAGAAAAGUUGCGUAAAUUGAAAUCGGAAUACGAGGGUGAUAGCUCAGAAGAUGAGGACUUGGAUUCCCAACUCUCGUCUGAGCUUUCAGAGAAGUCUGARAUGGAAACACUGGAUGACUUGAAGAAGGCAACAGAAGAUGCUAUCAAAGAACUUCAAAAGGAAACUUUGAAAAUAGCGAAAGCGAAAGGCUUGAAAGGAUCAAAGAAGUUGAUAUUUAUUCACAAGUUUCCUGAGUCUAACUCGCAUCCAGAUGUUACUGGCAGAAAGAAGGGAAACAAAAUCGGAGAUCUAGGAACGGACCUAUUAGAGCUUAUUGAGGACGAGAACACAGGGAAUCAACAACAGGCGUCAGGAAGGCAUGAUGGAACAGCACCUCGUAAACAGUCGUUAACGAAUCUAGAAAAACAGGCUGAACAGGAAGUGAACUUUCUGACGAAUAAAAGCCCUAAAGUUAUUAGAAAGCAUCCACAUCCUAAAGGGCAUACACUUGAACCUGUCGACGAGGGAGACAAUUAUUUCCAAAUCAAAAAACCAAAGCUGACAACUUYAAACGCWGCAGUCAUGGUGGUUACUGCUUUCUAUUUUUUCAUAGUCCAAUUGCAAAGUCACGUCAACCAAAAUCCCCAACGACAUGAUGCUAUCAAAGGUACCAGUUACAAUAUCACUUCCAAGAAAUAUCGAAAGCAUUCACUUGGAUUUUUCAGCAUCGGCUGUUGGAGAGACCAGCCAGAGAGAGCUUUACCAAGUCUUGAGGGAAUAUUUCCUAUUUUGGAUGGAAACGAUUACAUGCAUAGGAAAUAUGCCAUACGAAAAUGCGCUCAGGUUGCACGAGUACAAGGUUUCUACGGCUUUGCCAUCGAAAAUGGCGGCCAUUGUUUGGGUGGUAAGAAUAUCCUGCAGACUUAUUCCAUGUAUGGGCCAUCACGUGCUUGCAGACAAGAUGGAAAAGGCGGKCCCUGGAGUAUGGAGGUUUAUAAAUUCACAACAACAUCAAUAAAUCCAAAGAGCCGCAGAGGUGAUAUAAUACGAGCUGUAGGGCUGGACGAUGUCAAAGACAUMUUCUUCAAAGGUUCAAAGCCGUGAAAGAAAACUGAGAAACCUUGAGAAUAGCACYACAACAAAGUAACUUUCUACAAAAGUGGAAUGAUAGAUACAUUGGGCAUUAACUGUAUUAUAUCGGGAUCUGCUUCAGAUACACUUGUCUACACCCUUCCACUUUAAAUUACUUUUACRGAACAAUUAAUAUCGGGACACAAAUAGAUAUAUGACGGUAUGAAAUAUGUUUAUAAAAAUGGUAUUUUCAGCCGGUAGUUCAACGAGAAUUCAGUAACAAUGACACCAUUCAUUAGUGUAUGGAAGGAAUAUUUCGGCUCAUCAUCGGGGGUUGUCAAUUCACUUUCAUACCACAGUUUAUAGUUAGUUAAAAAAUAAUAAUUUAGUCCUUCUUCGUGGUCACUACAAAGUAUUGAUUCUUCAUUAUAUUAAAACUUAUAUUGUUAGUUUUGUAAA